AUGUUUGUGAACUGCUCGCCGGCUAGCGGCAACUUGGAUGAGACAGGAGCUGCGCUCCUCUACGCAGUGAGGGCCAAGAACAUUGUGAACAAGGUGGAGAAGAACUCGGAUAGCCAAGAGGUGGCGCGAUUGAAGAAGGUGAUUCAGACGCUGAGCUCUGAGCUAGAACAGGCCCGGAAGAACGGCGCGGCGUUGCCGGACUUGGGGGAGGCGGAGAAGGAGAAGGUCGAUGAGGCUUUCUGGGUGUUAAUGAGCCUGGCCAUCCUGGCAAGACGACAGGAGGGCGUCCUGCGGCAAAAUCGGCUGCAGAGACACUCCUUGCUGUAUUUCUGGACGCCAGAGGCCGGCUACAAGUGCGACAAGUGCUCCUCGAUGUUUCCUGCUGGAAGCAUGAUGCGCGGCUGUCAGAGGUGCAACUAUGACCUCUGUGAUGCUUGCCAGAAAGCCACGCAGGCGGACAGGCCGGUUGCCAGAGUGGUCUCAGUGGCCAAGGCCAGCCCUACGCCGGUGAGGCGCGAGAUGACCUACAAGAUGCCGGUUGCAGCAGUGGCGCAAGGUAAUCGAGGCUUCGUGCUGCCACACAAUGGAGCCGAGAACUACUCAGCGCCGAGCCCUGUGAACGGAGCUGGGAACUUCUUAGCACUUUGCGAGCUGGGAACUACUCAGCACCAAGCCCUGUGA